AUGCUGGAAACAAAAUACGCCAUUCUCGCGGGUUUCUGCGAUACUCUUCUACCCCCUAACUGGGACACCAAGCUGCCUUCUAACCUCAACGACGCCGAUCUCUUGCCAGAGUCCUUGGAGCCUGUAAAGUCACGCGAAGGAGCGACUGAGAUGGCAUUUUGCUUGAUGUUGUACGAGUCACGAGUAUUCUUCUGUGAGAAUCCAGUUCCCGAAUUUGAGGCCAUUAUUCUUGGUGGAGGCAAUAUGAGUACGGAGAUCUCAAAACGAUUCGCUGGACAAUCGCUGGAGAAAUAUCAGCUGAUCGUUGAUCAAUACGAAGAAAGUUUGGCGGGUGCGGAAAGGAGAUACACCAACGCAACCGCCGGCGGCAUCCAUCUGGUGGCUAGCAAAAUCCGUUCUCUUACGGCACAAAGGAUGCACGACAUGAUACUCCACGCGCGAGAGCCUUGGGACGAGAAGGCCGAUGAUCAAAGCAGCCAACAAUCCUUCUUUAGGGCCUGGGUCAUCUCCUUUGAAAACGACGUCAAGUGGUACGACACGAUAGACGAAAAGUUCACUUGGUACCUCAAGCUUCAUUUCCAAGCAGAUGCCUUCUCUGUCAUGAUUGAGCUGCUUCAGUGGCAGCCUGUCGGAACGCUGGUGGACAGAGCAUGGAAAGUUAUCGAUAGACUUUAUCAUUACCAUGAUGAGAUGUAUGACAUGGGGAAGAAAGACGAUUUUCAGCGGGCUGAGUAUCUACUGGCGGGUUGGAGCAGACGAGAGCUGGCGUUUCGCAACCUGGGCAUGUCUUGCGACACUCCCUUCGUUGUGGCGAAACUGCGGACCCUCGAGGUGUUCAGACAGCAUCAGUGGAGUCUAGCACUUGGGCAAUGGCCUGGAUCGGCGCCAGACAUAACACUAUUUCCUGGUCUAGGUACCUCCGAUUUUGAGACAUUUGAGACAUUCGAUGAUGCAUUACCUGCAGAUUCAGGCGGGUCAGCUUUCAGUCACUGGAGUAGCGCAUCAUCUGGACAACAUGUCCUCUGA